GGGGAAUCACCGUUGAAUGAGAAAAUUGCUUGUACCGUGUCACGCAGAGAUCAUAUGACAUUUUUCACGUGAAACACAGGAAUUCGAAAACAAGAUCAUAAGUUGCGCACAUUAUUUCCGUGGAUAGGCGUCAAUAUAUUGUUACAGAAUGUGGUCGAGAAGAUCGUGCUUAAUAUUUUCAACAAAAGAGUUAGUCAUGAGCGAUUACACUCAUCAAGAGGAGGUUCCCCUCGAGAAGGUUGUCAUUCUGGUUAACAACAGAGAAGAAGACAUGUUUCCGGAUAAAGAGAUAAGUUCAAUCUUUGAUCGAAAUGUAUUCGGUACAGAAAAUUGUUCCUUUGAAGUGAAUCCAGUGGAUCAAGAAAUAAAUGUCGCUAAAACGACACAAAAUAUCAGUGUAUUUGUUGGUGAACGUAGUCAACGCAAUGUUUUCAGUUCGUUUGAACAAACUGGUGACGGGAGUUAUCGCAACCAGACAAGUGAGAUCAAACCGUACCAUCAAGGAGAACCAGAUUCUGAAGCUAUGCAGCUCGACGAUAGCCUUCUCGUUAACAACAGAGAAGAAGACAUGUUUCCGGAUGAAGAUAUAUGUUCAAACUUUGAUCGAAAUGUACUCGGUACAAAAAAUUGUUCCUUUGAAGUGGAUCCAGUGUAUCAAGAAAUAAAUGUCGCUAAAACGACACAAAAUAUCGGUGUAUUUGUUGGUGAACCUAAUCAACGCAAUGUUUUCAGCUCGCUUGAACAAACUGGUGACGGGAGUUAUCGCAACCAGACAUGUGAGAUCGAACCGUACCAUCAAGGAGAACCAGAUUCUGAAGCUAUGCAGCUGGACGAUAGCCUUCUCGUUAACAAAGAGAAGACAUGUUUCCGAAUGAAGAGAUAAGUUCAAUCUUUGAUCGAAAGGAUUUUCAAUCAUUGCAGCUAGUCGUCAGCCUUUUCGUUGACAACAGAGAAGAAGAUAUGAUGCUUAAUGGUAAUGACCCUGAAAAUUGGUUCUACUUUUGUUUCAGUGAAAGAUACGAAGAGCUCGAUUUGAUGUCAACGAUUUUAGAACUUUUACUAUUGAUACUUGUCAUGGCAUGUAUAGCCUUUGCCCUUUAGUAACUGUAAUCUAUGGUAAAUGCUUACCUACUUAAGUAUGUAGACUUAGGUCAACACCUAAUAGAUUGCAUUAAAGCAUUAAUUGAGAAAUAUAAGUAUGUUGUCUGCUUAGUUAUGUAAAUAAGCAUAAGUUUCUGUAUAGUUGUGUAAUUAACUGUUCUAACAUUAAAUAUAAUCUCAGACUAUAAACAGAAAA